CCCCAUGUGUGCGUCUUCAGUGAAACCGUUACGUGUUUUAUAAGCAGCGCAGUCGGUUUCAUUUUCAUUCUGCGUCUGCACUGCGCGCUGAUCUGCCAUUCUGCAACAACUGAACGCCUGUAAAGUCUGAAUAUCUCCGGUCGACAAGAUCUUAAAGUUGUCCAGCCAUCUUAGAGCCAGCCAUGUCCAACGGUCCACCCCCCAUGGCAGCGCCUGUGUGCCUGAUUGAGAACACAGACAAGGGCCUGCAGACAGUGGAGUCGUCCCUCAACCUCCUGCGGGGGAUCCAGCAGCCCGUGGUGGUGGUGGCCGUGGUGGGGCUCUACCGCACCGGCAAGUCCUACCUCAUGAACCGGCUGGCCGGGAAGCAGUCAGGCUUUGCCCUGGGCAGCACCAUUGAGUCUAAGACCAAAGGCAUCUGGAUGUGGUGUGUGCCUCACCCCUCUAAACCAAAACACACGCUGGUAUUGCUUGACACUGAAGGACUGGGGGAUGUCGACAAGGGCGACUCAAAGAAUGAUGGCUGGGUCUUCUGCCUGGCUGUGCUGCUCAGUAGCACUCUGGUCUACAACAGCAGAGGCACCAUCGACAACGAUGCUGUAGAGAAACUGCACUAUGUGACAGAGCUAUCCAGUUUGAUCCAGGUCAAGUCAGCAGGUUCCAGUAAUGAUGAUGAAGACAACCCAGAUGAGUGUGAGUUUGUCUGUUUCUUCCCCAACUUCGUCUGGGCCGUUCGGGACUUCACUCUGGAAAGAAAGCUUGACAAUGAAGAAGUGAGUGAGGACAAGUACCUGGAGUUUGCCCUGAAGCUAAAGAAAGGUCGGAGUAAGGAUGUGAGGGACUACAACUUCACAAGAGAAUGUAUCCGAAACUUCUUCCCGACCCGGAAGUGCUUCACCUUCCCGUUCCCUACGGAGCCAAAGAAAAUGUCGCACCUGGACAACAUGGCUGAGGCCGACCUUGACCCGGACUUCCUGAAUGUCGCUGAGCGUUUCUGCAACUACAUAUUCACAGAGAGCCGAGUGAAGACUGUGAAGGGAGGCCAUAGCAUCACCGGCAGCCGAUUCAGCUGUCUUGUGAAGAACUACGUGGACACCAUCAAAGAUGACAAGGUUCCCUGUCUGGAGAAUGCAGUGAUUGCCAUGGCAGAGAUUCAGAACCACUCGGCUGUGAAGGAAGCUUUCCAGCUCUAUGAUCAGGGCAUGGAGAACCUGAAGAAGAACUUCCCCAUUGAUCUUGGACCUCUCUCGACGGAACACCAACGCCUCUCCACCACCGCUGAGAAGGAGUUCCUGAAACAGUCCUUCAAGGAUGAUGAGAAGAAGUUCAUAACCCAACUACAUGAGAAAGUGGCAAAACUCUACAAGGACCUGAUUACUCAAAAUGAGGACAAGUCAGAGGAGCUUUGCCGGAAGCUUCUCUCUGAUCUGUACGCGCCGAUGGCCUCCAACAUUCAGCAGGGCACCUACGCCAAUCCAGGCGGGUACAAAAUCUACUGCAGCGACCGAGAUGCCAUGGUGGCCAAGUACCAGCAACAUGGCAAUAAGGGCGUUAAAGCAGAGGAGAUGUUGAAAGAGUUUCGUGAGGAGAAGAGCACUGAGACCAAUUCCAUCCUGAUGGCCGAUAAGAAACUCACAGAAGCCGACAAAAAGAUGGCCGAGGCCCGUGAGCAGGCUGCAAUUCAGGAGCAGCAGGCCAAGGUGGUGGCACAGCGUCAAGAGGACCUGCAGCGCGCCCUGGAGGACGAGAAACGCAACCAGGAGGAGCGCUUGAGACACAUGGAGGAGAAGAUGGAGGAGGAGAAACACCUCCAGCGUGAGGAGCUGGACCGCGCCCUGGAGAGCAAACUGAAGGAGCAGCAGGAGAUGAUGGAGAAGGGCUUCAGGGACAAGGCCGAGAUCAUGAGUCAGGAGAUCGAGCAGCUCAAGAAGGAGAGGGAGAAGGAGAAGCAGGAGGAGGCCGACCCAGGGUUCUUCAAUAAAUACUUCAUGCCUGUGGCCAAGCUUGGCACAGACGUCCUCUCCUCAGCCCUUCAGUACAAAGCAAUGUCAAUGAUGAGAUAGACACAUUUUUUACAAUUUUACACCUUUGUACUUUAGUUAACCAUUGAUCUUAAAGAAAGUGAGUCUGACAUCUGGGCCGAACUGCCUCCUGGACAGGCCAGAUGAUUAGAGACCAUCUUAUCAUUAUUAAGUGCUACCAUUAUUUAGCUGAUUAGGCACUGAUUUAGAUGCAGGUUCAGCUCACCUUUACUAUAUCUUACUUGUUAUUCACAUUUUGCAGCACUGACUGCAGUAAUUGAUGCCAUUUCAUUGUUUGCCAUUUGAUUGAUUUGAUUGUUUUAAUUUUUAUUGUGAUUACAGUGCUAAGUUCCAUCCCUAUAUCUGAUGUCUGUUAUUUAGUCAAAGCGCUAAAUAGUUUUUCCUUUCUAAUGUGUUUGCCAUUUGAACUGUCCAUGAACAUUGAGAGUAACGUAGGUUUUGUGUAUGAUUAUUGUCCUC